AUGCAGCAUCUUCAGAUUUUGAACACUCAAGAAAUUAGGAAAGCACGAAGGAAUGGUACUGUACCAAUACGGAACAAUGUCUCCGGUGAGCAACCGAUUAUUUCAAAGCUUUACCGUAAAACAUUGCCCCUCACUGGUACAGAAUCCAGCAAGAUUUUACUCCAGGAGUAUUUUGGACUUAAACAUUUCGGGAACGGCACAAAUACAGCUCGCUGCAUUGGGCCUGUGAUGUGA